CUUCCCUCAAAAAGCUCCACCGCCGACCCCUCUCCCUUAUUCUCGCCCGAACCCCCCGUUUUUCUUCCCUUCCCCUCAUCACCUCCAUCACACGCAACGGGCCUCGUUGUCGGCCUCUGAGACCGAUCAGGCGCCACCACACGCGCUCCAUCUGCCGGCGAGCUCGUGGAGAGCAGCACGACCAGGCGCGGAGCUCUCCAGCCACCUACGGGCGGCGCUUAGCAACUGGGCGAGGGCUUUUGGUCGGAGAAACCGAGAGGAGAAGGAAAGUAUUUUCCCCUAUAUUUGAACGAGAUCCAUGAGGUGAGAGUGAUACCUCCCAAGAUAUGAUAGGAAGCUUGCGGUCGGAGUAGACGAGGAGGCGAGAUGGAUGCACGCCCCACUGUCCGUACAUCUAGGAGUGCUGUGGAGACUGGUGUUUUUAUGUGCCUUUCGUCGCCAGGUCGUAUUGGUGUCUUUCUGUUCUUUCAGUUAAUUCCCUCUAUGUGAUACUACUGGAUAUGUUGGGUUUGAUAGUUUGUUAGGGUGGGUUUACUAGUAUGGUACCUUUCUACAUAGCUUUGGUUUGCUCAUAAAGAUAAAUAAAUAAAAAAAAUUGAGGGAAAUCUGGAGAUGUUGCAGUUGGUAUCAGAGCAAAGACUCCUAAAGGACAGUGUACGCAUGCCAUCUCAUCAGGAACUCGGCUACUUCCAUCCCAAGUUUAAUGUACAGGGAAUGGCAAGCCGAAGGAACAACAGUGACAAUGGGGGACAGAGCAAUCAAUUUCUCAUAGGGCUUACGGUGCUUAUACAGGAGCAGAAUCGUCUCCAUGGAGAACAGAUCCAACAACUAAUGAGAAUCAGGACAGAGGAAAAUGCACCUAGUCGAUCCACCGCCAGUGUGAACCCAGUAUACAAAUAGUUUAGGGAGCUUGGGCCUGCAGAGUUCAAGGGCACUGCAGAUCCGAUUGUUGCAGAAGGAUGGAUUCGGUCCCUGGAAACCAUCUACGACUUCAUGCAACUCACGGACGCUGACAAGGUUAGGUGCGCCACAUUCAUAAUGCGGGACGAUGCUCGGAUAUGGUGGGAGGGUAUGUGCUCUGCAAUGGAUUUGACUACUCUGACUUGGAUGGACUUCAAGGAGUUAUUCUAUGGGAAAUACUUCACCACCGACAAUCGAACUCGACUGGCUAGAGAAUUUCUAGAGCUUCGGUAAGGGGAUAUGACAGUGGCUGAGUACGUCCGGAAGUUCGAGAGAGGACGAUACUUUGUGCCCAUGUUUGCAGGGCAACUAACGGAGGAGCUGAAGUAUUUCAUUGAAGGAUUGAGGGCAGUCAUUCGUCACGAUGUCAGGCUGAGUCGAGUUACCACGUUUAGAGAGGCAGUGGACCAGGCCCUGAUUUCAGAAAGGGAUCAGAAUGAUAUGAUCAAGGAAGCGCAGAAUAAGAGAGUAGGGUAUCAGGGGAGAGAUCAGCAGGAGCCAAGCAAGAAGAAGCCUAUUCUUGUACAAUUCCAAGCCAAACAGCCAUAGAAACAACCACAGACACGACAGCGACCUCAAAGAUCGCCAAUAGUUGAUGGUACCGUUCCUAAGACUGAGGACAAAGUUCGAUGUCCUACAAGAAGACAGGGCAUUUCGCUAGAGACUGUCCUCAACUCAAAGAGCCAACUAAAGGGAGGGUAUUUUCUAUGACACAGGAGCAGGUGGGCCAUUAUCACAGGAACGUGGCAUUUGUGACUCAUAUUGUCUUUUUCCUAAAGAACCGCUGUCGCCUCACAACCUUAGACGUUCACAAUGAGUUCUCUAUCAUUUUCCCUGGCUGUCAGAGUAGGGGGAGAGGGGGGCAAUUUCGUAUCUGGAUCGAAUAUUUUGGUCAGGGAGCAAAUUCUUGGUUAUGAUUCGCACAAGUGUUCAUUUUAUGGAAUUAGAGGAGCUACUAAUAGACGUCGGUUGUCUGUGUCUGCUGCAAAAAUUAGAAAGGGUAAAAAACAUGAUUAUCCCUGGCCUAAGGUCAUUGAUCCAAACAUGGAAAGUGGACACCUGAGUUAUCUGUCACAAUUCAAACCUCUGGCUGAGAAACCAAAACCUGUUACCCUUGCUUUUGAAAAGCCUUUGGUUGAGCUUGAAAAGAAAAUCACUGAUGUGCGCAAAAUGGCUGCUGAGACUGGUUUGGACUUCAGCGAUCAAAUUAAUCUCCUGGAAAGCAAAUAUCAGCAGGCCGUGAAAGAUUUAUAUUCAAAAUUAACUCCAUUUCAACGACUGCAUAUGGCUCGUCAUCCCAACAGGCCGACAUUUCUUGAUCACGUUUUGAACAUAACUGACAAGUGGGUUGAGCUCCAUGGUGACCGUGCAGGUUACGAUGAUCCUGCUAUCGUUACAGGUUUAGGAAAUAUAGAUGGAAAAACCUACAUGUUUAUUGGUCACCAGAAAGGCAGGAAUACUAAAGAAAAUAUUAAGCGCAAUUUUGGAAUGCCAACUCCACAUGGAUAUCGAAAGGCCUUGCGCAUGAUGAGGUAUGCUGACCAUCACGGAUUCCCAAUCAUCACAUUCGUUGACACACCUGGGGCAUUUGCCGACCUAAAAUCUGAAGAACUUGGUCAGGGGGAAGCAAUUGCCUUUAAUUUAAGGGAAAUGUUUGGCCUAAAGGUUCCAAUGGUCUCUGUCGUAAUUGGUGAAGGUGGAUCUGGUGGUGCUCUUGCUAUUUGCUGUGCUAACAAAUUAUUGAUGAUGGAAAAUUCUGUAUUUUAUGUUGCCAGUCCUGAGGCUUGUGCUGCAAUUUUGUGGAAGGAUUCUCAAGCUUCUCCUAAGGCAGCUGAAAGACUAAGAAUCACACCCAAAGCACUACGGAGAUUGAAGAUUGCUGAUGGGAUCAUCCCUGAACCACUAGGUGGUGCACACUUGAAUCCAACUUGGACUUCACAACAAAUCAAGAUUGCUGUCAUGAAUGCCAUGGAGGAGCUUUCUGAACUAGACAAUGAUAGCUUACUUCAUCAGCGAUACAUGAAGUAUCGGAUACUCGGCGGAUUUGUUGAAACUAAACUCGUGGACCCAGUUAAGAAAAGUAGGAUGAAGAAGAAGGAUGUGAAGAUGAUACCAGUUGAAAAAAGUAGUUUGGAGGAUGUGAAUACUUCUCUAGUUACAGAUGGCGGACAGAUUAAAAUUGAGGACCUCAAAAAGAGGGCACGAGAAGGAAAGAUCCUGCCUGUUUCUGCAGAGACAAUAACAAAAGUGAGGCAAGAAGUAGAUAAGGAAUUGACAAAUGCCUUCAUUUCUAUGGGCCUACAUGAGGAGCUGGAAAGUCUUAAAACUGAAUUAUCCAGAUCUCCUGAAACUAUUGAUUCAGCAUUAAAGGAAAGGGUCAACAAUCUGGUUCAAGAAUUUAAACAACAGUUUGAUCGCCCUGAAUCUUUCUUGCAACUGAAGCAGAAGCUUAAAGUGCUCUCAUGGGUGAGCAUGUUGCAUAAGCAGAUCCUUGAAAAGAAAAGGCCGCAGAAGGAGAACGAGAAGGCAGAGAAGCUGAAGGGAGAGAUCAAUGAGAAGCUCCUAGAUAAGAUGAAGGCUAAGAUGGAAGUCUUGAGAACGGCACGAACACUGGUGGCCAGUGGAACAGUGUUGGAUGCAGAUCAGAUUGAAGCAGUGGCGGCAGCGAAGGACACGCUUAUAGAGCUGCUAAAAUCUGUGAACCUGGAGCUAGUUGGCUUGGGAACGACAAAAUUGCCAACAGCUCCACCAGGGUUAGAAGAGGAGUUAACGAAGGUUGAUGAUGUGGUGAUGAAGGAAAUAGAUAUGGCAGUAGAGAAAGCUGGUCUAAGGCACAAGAUUGAGGAACUUAAGGCGGAGAUUGCAAGCGGUUCUAAUGAAGAAAAGAUAGAGCAAUUAGUGAGUGAGAUAAAGGAAGAAAUUGCUGCGGCUAUUGAUUUGACUGAGUUGAGAAAGAGAGUCGAAGCUUCUGUGGUAUCGUCCAUUCAAGAGCCAGCUUAUGCUGGCUGUGUGUAAAACUUAAGGCAGUUUCAUACGAGACGAUGCAUUUUUUCAUAUCCAGGGUUUCUUUCUUUUCAUUGUGCUGGUCCUAUACACCUAGGUCCCAAUUACGUUGGAGCUGCUUGAGAUGAUAUUCCCUUUUUUUUUAUUCAGAAGGUACAAUUAAAGUUGGUAAUAAAAAGUUCGUUCCCAACUUUCCAUCUCCAGACUAGUUGUAAUAUUUCACUUUGCUUAAAUGGCUUUAUGAACUUGAUGAACUCA